AUGGGUGGAACAUCUCUAGACAAUCAGGCCACAAACUAUCCGACUUCCUCUAAUUUGUCAUCAUCUUGUGCAGACGCUUACCAAAGUGUGCGGCAUGACGGUUUCUGUUUCCUGCAGUCAAACACAACACACACAGAACGACAUGGCAGCAGAUCGGUUUUGAAAACGACGGGCCUUGUUCCUGAGAGCUACUUCAGUAACAGCAGAAAUAUUUUAAAUCUAUAUUUUGUGAAAGUUUCGUGGGCAUGGACCAUUGCAUUACUUCUGCCUUUCAUCCGUUACUCCAACAUUUACAACAGAACCCACACAUUUGUGUUGAGGCGGCUGACUUCAUUACUGGUGGCAACAUUCAUUUGGUACACCUGCACUGAGACUUUUUCCUACAUUGAAGACAUUACCGGUUCAUGCUAUGAAUCAGACACCAUGCAAGUCAUCCACAGUGACAUUAUUGCCACAAAGGCGGCGUGCAAGGAGGCCGGAUUCAUCUGGGAUGGUUUUGACAUAUCAGGACACUCUUUCAUCUUGGCUUACUCUAGCCUUGUGAUUGUUGAGGAAAUGGUGCCCAUGUUAAACAUACCGCAAAGUGACAGAAACAUUCCUCUUGAUUGCCUUUAUAUAGCACUCAAUGCUAUUGUGGCCAUCUGGAUAUGGAUGUUCGGAUGCACUUCUGUGUAUUUCCAUGAUAUUAUUGACAAGACUAUAGGGACGUUGUGUGGGAUAUUGGGAUGGUACGUGACUUAUGGUGUUUGGUACCAGAUGUCCUUUUCUCCAUGUCUCCCUCCACAGCAGAAACAACAUGCUUAGUGUGGAAACUAAAUGCUACAAGUUCACUACAAGAAGCUUGACAUAUCUGUACUGUUUAUGUUUAGUGAGAUCCAUGACAGGUUAGCCUUCCAGGUGAGGUAUUAGGCAGCUGGUGUUUCUAAAAUGUCGAUCUGUAAUCUGAGAGGUCACAUCUGAACCAUAUUGUUGCAUUUAUAUGUUUUGUGGCUUCACACAGAGCUAAAAUAUUACAACUUGACAAAAAAAUGUAUUUAUUUGGCAGUCUGCUGCUUUCUGUAAUCAACCUGUAACCAUCAGCUGAGCUGCCUUUUAACAGUAAAUAUAUAAAAGUUUUAAACCAUUAUAUAAACUAAUAUUUGGAAUAUUUAUAAUUGGGCUAUUUAUUUAUUUUUAACAACAAUUAGAUAAGUUGGAGGUCAGAGAAUUAUAGUGCAAUGUAUUUGUGUAAGUUUUAUACUUGCAGUGUGUUUUUAAUAGGGCUGUUUUAUGUGUUCUUUCUAAAGGCCAACCAUUCAUAUGUGCCAUUGUUAGAUUAGUUGUUUGCUGUUGUUGUCAAUCCUCAUGCCACUGUCUGAUCAGUUUAUCACAGGAAAUGGACACCACCUGUGCUUAGAAACUUUGAAAAUAAUCUAAAACGUACAGUUUGUAAUAUUAUAAGACUAUCUGGGGAUUGGAUUGAUGUUUGAAUGAACAUUUGGCUGGUUAUAAGUAUUUCUUACAGGUGCGAGGAACAAUGCAAAUUAGAUGUAAAAUACAAACGAUGGGCCUUGCAGGUUAUUGAGGGCACAUCCAUUAGUCAUUUCAUGUGUGUCAGUUAAACAUGUUUUUAAACAAUUAUCACUGCAAUUAUGCUUGUUGUCAUUCAUCAGUAUUCCAAAGAAAGCAAGCCGCAACAUGUUGUUAUGUUGAGUUAUUGUACUGUAUCC